UAGUACACAAUUCUAAAACCAAAAGAAAAGAAAAUGAAGUUGCUUUCCCAUUUUGCAAUUUUUUCUCCCAAGCCUUCUUCUUUUUCUCCGCUCUCAGCUCCAUUCUUCUCCGCUCUCAGCUUCCGCCUCCGCCGUUCUACCGGAUUCCCGGUUACUUCUCCUCCUCCUCCAUAUAUCUCCGUAUCGCCCUCACUUUCCUGCCACGUCAGCUCCCGAACAGGUGGUGGUGCUGGUGUUGUUUCCAUGGACUCCCCCUCACCGGACCUUGCCGUGUCCGUCGACUCCGUGGCCCGCGAUUUGAAGAACCAGAGCCUCGGGAGCGAUGCUGGGGAUUAUAGCAAGAGGCUCGGGUUGAAGCUUGAGGAUCUCAAUUGGGACCACUCCUUUGUCAGAGAGUUGCCCGGUGAUCCUAGAACCGAUACCAUCCCACGAGAGGUAUUGCAUGCUUGUUAUACCAAAGUGUUGCCGUCGGCAGAAGCGGAGAAUCCUCAGCUCGUUGCGUGGUCAGAGUCAGUUGCAGAGUUGCUUGAUUUGGACCCUCAAGAAUUUGAAAGGCCUGAUUUUUCCCUUUUAUUCUCUGGGGCAUCAACAUUGGUGGGAGCGUUGCCCUAUGCUCAGUGCUAUGGAGGACAUCAAUUUGGCAUGUGGGCUGGACAGUUGGGUGAUGGUCGGGCAAUAACACUAGGAGAGAUAAUAAAUUCUAAGUCUGAAAGGUGGGAACUUCAGCUUAAAGGGGCUGGGAAGACUCCUUACAGUCGCUUUGCAGAUGGCCUUGCUGUGCUCCGCAGUAGCAUCAGGGAGUUCCUUUGCAGUGAAGCUAUGCAUAGUCUAGGAAUUCCAACAAUUCGUGCACUCUGUCUUGUCACAACUGGAAAAUAUGUGACUCGAGACAUGUUUUAUGAUGGAAAUCCAAAGGAAGAGCCUGGGGCAAUUGUCUGCAGAGUUUCCCAAUCUUUUCUGCGCUUUGGAUCUUACCAAAUACAUGCCUCUAGAGGGAAAGAGGACCUUGGCAUUGUUCGUGCUCUGGCAGACUAUGCCAUUAGGAAACAUUUUCCUCAUAUAGAGAACAUGAGUAGAAGUGAGAGUUUAUCUUUCACUACAGGCGAUGAAGAUCAUUCAGUUGUGGAUCUAACUUCAAACAAGUAUGCAGCUUGGGUGGUGGAGGUGGCUGAGCGUACUGCUACCUUGAUUGCUAACUGGCAGGGGGUUGGUUUUACUCAUGGUGUGCUGAAUACUGACAAUAUGAGCAUUUUGGGUCUCACCAUUGAUUAUGGUCCCUUUGGAUUUCUGGACGCUUUUGACCCAAGUUACACACCGAAUACCACGGAUCUUCCUGGUAGAAGAUACUGUUUUGCAAAUCAACCUGAUAUUGGACUCUGGAAUAUUGCACAGUUCGCAUCAACUCUGUCAGCUGCCCAGUUGAUAAAUGAUAAAGAGGCAAACUAUGCCAUGGAAAGAUAUGGAACCAAAUUUAUGGAUGAGUAUCAAGCAAUAAUGACUAAGAAACUUGGCCUCCCAAAGUACAAUAAACAGUUGAUCAGUAAACUUCUAAAUAAUAUGGCAGUUGACAAAGUAGAUUACACAAAUUUUUUUCGGUUGCUUUCAAAUAUUAAAGCCGAUCCCAGCAUUCCUGAAGAGGAGUUGUUGGUGCCACUGAAGGCUGUUUUGUUAGAUAUUGGCAAGGAGCGGAAGGAGGCAUGGAUCAGCUGGGCAAAAUCUUACAUUGAGGAGCUGGCCAGUGGUGGCAUCUCAGAUGAGGAAAGGAAGGUGUUGAUGAAUGCAGUAAACCCGAAAUACGUACUCAGGAACUAUCUAUGCCAAAGCGCCAUUGAUGCUGCUGAACUUGGUGAUUUUGGAGAAGUCAGGAGGCUGCUUAAAAUAAUGGAGCGGCCAUAUGAUGAGCAACCGGGAAUGGAAAAAUAUGCUCGCUUGCCUCCAGCUUGGGCUUAUAGGCCUGGUGUUUGCAUGCUUUCUUGUUCCUCAUGAGUUGCCUGUUUGCUCAUAAUAUUAUACAGCUACCAAAAGGAUGAGUUCAACCGGAUAUUUUUCAUGUUUUCUUUUUUGUUUCAACUUCGUUUUUGCUCCAGACUGAUUCUUGUAUAUAAUAUCAAAAAUCAGUUAUUUGUCUCUGGCCUACGGUAGAUUUAAUGGGACGUUGUAUGCAUGUUUCUUUGCGCAGGUAUAUAACACUUGUCUUAUGGGAGAGAUAUUCUUUAUUGGUUUUCUUUGUAGUAAUAAUUCGAUCAGAAUGUUUCAUUA